AUGUCAGAGACAACCAAACCACGCAAAAGAUUCGCCGGAAAAAAGAAGCAACAAAUAUCAACGACGUCAACGAGAAAUAUUGGGAACAUUGAAGACAGUAUUGUGACAACAAUAGAUCCUCCUAAAAAAAGCCGGAUUGCCAAUCAAAUACCGUCAGAAAUACUCGAUGAUCCAUUGUUGAAUGUCGCACUACAGUUCCCAGAAGGGCUAUUAAUGUUUGCGUGCACAAUCGCAGAUAUUCUUGAAAGAUUCUGUAAUGUUGAAACAUUGGUUAUGGGAGAUGUGACGUACGGUGCAUGCUGUGUCGACGAUUUCACAGCUAAAGCAUUAGACUGUGAUUUUAUGGUUCAUUAUGGACAUAGUUGUUUGGUCCCCGUGGAUAUUACCACAAUCAAAACCCUAUACGUAUUCGUGGACAUCGGGAUCGAUAACCAGCAUUUUAUCGACACAAUAACAAAGAAUUUCGAAAAAGGCAAAAAACUCACGAUUGUUGGAACAAUACAGUUCGUUGCAGCUAUUCAAACAGCGAAAAAGAUGCUCGAGAACGAUUAUCAGUUGAUUGUACCACAAACCAAACCGUUAUCUCCGGGCGAGAUAUUGGGCUGCACAUCUCCAAAACUGAAUGAUCAUGAUGCUUUAGUGUAUCUUGGUGAUGGGCGAUUUCAUCUAGAGUCAAUUAUGAUUGCAAAUCCAGAAAUUCCUGCUUUUCGAUAUGAUCCAUAUUCGAAAAAAUUUACGCGGGAAAGAUAUGAUCACUUGGAAAUGCAUUCACUUCGGAAACACGCAAUCAAUGUGGCAAGAAAAGCAAAAAAAUUCGGAUUAAUAUUGGGAACGCUCGGUCGGCAAGGUAGUCCAAAAGUAAUGCAGUAUCUUGAAGAGAAACUAAGAUCGCAAGGACGCGAGUACAUGUGUGUUUUACUCUCUGAAAUAUUUCCUGACAAAUUGGGACUAUUUGAAGAUAUUGACGCAUGGAUUCAAAUUGCCUGCCCACGUCUAUCGAUCGAUUGGGGCUAUGCAUUUUCAAAGCCUCUACUUACGCCGUAUGAAGCAUCAGUGGCAUUAGAUGAAGUCACUUGGCAAGAAGUGUACCCGAUGGAUUUUUAUGCGAAUGAUAGUUUAGGACCGUGGACUCCAAAUUAUGGGAAAAUAAAAGUUAACAAUAAAAAAUGA